GAUUGCACUGUGGUUCUGCACGAAGGCGUCGCAAGAAUUGCCAUUACUCGGUGAGGCCUUGAGGCUCCAACAACAGUUUCUCAGUGGCGUACUUGGUCAUCAAUUCUGGGCCCGCAUCGAGGCGACAACCUAUGCCGUGCGAAACCAAGUCCUUCUAUCAAGCCACUUGCAAGGUGCAUUUUGGCAAUCAAUUGAUUGUCACGAGAAUGACGAUACUCUUGUUCCUUGUUGGACACUAAACAGUGUCUGUUUGUCCACGUAUCGUGGGGCUGAUGUAUUGCAACAAACGUUGCAAAUACGUAACGAUCGGUAGUGGACAAAUAGCAGUCAUCCUCUAUUAUGCAUACCUGACCUAGCGCACUUGCGAUAUGGACUAUAAAUGGCGAGGCAUACUGUGAUGGCUAUCGCAGUCUGCUUCUUCGCAUUGACUAUAUUUCCCUCAGAACUCUGGCAAUGGUAGUCUGGACGAACUUCACGGCGAUCUGGGUUCCUCUUACUUCCCUUGCAGGCUCUUUCUUGCUGUAUCGACUAUGUGUCGCGUUAUUCGUCAGGACGCCUCGCUUUCCUCCUGGGCCUAGACGACUUCCUCUUCUUGGCAACAUUCAUCUUCUGCCUAUGGAGUAUCAGGAGAGAACGUUAGCUGAAUGGGGGAAAACAUAUGGAAAUCUCGUGUUUGCCAAGCUCUUUCGCACUCCAGCCAUUAUCAUCAAUUCCUUCGACGUCGCUCGUGAUCUUUUGGACAAACGUAGCGGAAACUAUUCUGACAGGCCACGCUUUAUUCUCCAAUCAGAGCUCAUGGGAUUAGACACAGUCCUUACACAUCAGCGUUAUGGAGAACGGCAUAGGCAACAACGCAAAUGGAUGCAAAACUUGUUCCAAAAUAAGAAGGCUUUGGACCAGUACCAAGCGUUGCAGCGUCGCGAAGUUUACAUCACCCUGCAGGGCAUGCUCACGAGUCCGGAGAAUUUCAAGGCCCAUCUGUUCAGAUUUACAGCUUCCCUUACGCUCGAUGCGACCUAUGGCCAUCGAGUGGUAUCCGCUGAUGACAUGUUUGUUCAUGUCGCGGAGCGUGGUAUAGAAGUUAUCAGUGAAUCUGGCAGCCCGGGUAGUAUGCUUGUCGAUUUCUUUCCUUUUUUAAAACAAAUACCGACAUGGAUGCCUGGAGCUGGUUUCAAACGCAAGGCAUUCUCAGCGAGAAAGUCUAUCGUAGACAUGCAAGAUGUGCCUUAUAACAUGGUGCGGGAGCAAAUGUCAUUGGGAGCGGCAAGACCUAGUAUCACAUCUGCACUGGUGGAGAGUUGCAUUCAAGACGGAGAAUUGUCGCAGUACGAUGAAGAUAGCAUCAAAGGCACAUCGACUGCCAUCUACGCUGCUGGUACGGAGACCACUUCAAACACAAUGAAUUCCUUCAUUUUGGCCAUGGUCGCGCACCCCGAUGUGUAUAGGAGGUUAAGGGAUGAAAUGGAUAGAGUAGUUGGAACCGAUCGUCUUCCAGAUUUCGAUGACAGGGAUUCGCUGCCUUACCUGGAAUGUGUUAUAAAAGAGCUUUACAGAUGGCGUGUUGCUGUAACCCUAGGCAUUCCACAUUCAACCAUGCAGGACGACGAGUACAAUGGGUACCAUAUACCCGGCAAGGCCAUGGUAAUCGCAAACCUUUGGGCCAUGUCACAAGACACUGCGCGCUAUCCACACCCUGGGCUCUUCCUUCCUGAGCGAUACCUUACGGCCACGAAUCAGGAGGAUACUCUUGACCCGAGAAGCUUUGUAUUCGGAUUUGGUCGUCGUCGUUGUCCUGGUGCAGACUUUGCCGACCGCAAUAUAUACCUUCUCUCUGCGAACAUCAUUGCAACUCUAGACAUUUCGAAGGCAAAGAAUGAAUUUGGGCAAGAGAUCGACCCACCACUUAACUAUCUGAGCGGUUUCGCCAGUAAGGCGAAGGACUUCCAAUGUUCGAUCACCCCUCGUUCAGAGAGGGCGGCUAGAUUGAUCAGGCAAAUGAAUUUGUCGAUUGACUCAUAAAGGGAUGUUUGCAUUCAUGGAUGUUCCAUUUCAACUCAUUCAUCUAUUCAUUCCACUUUAAACGAAUAUCUCUUAUUGUGGGAUCGAAGUCGUAGAAGUACCAUUUGAGAUAGCUGGCCAUUUGUUCAUUCUUGAUUGGAGACUGCGCCCCUUCCAGUGUACUUGAUCACCACGUCUAUCAUUACUCCCAUUUUGAAUCCAGAAACUUGUUCAACUCGGCAAACCUUUUCCGACCUCCUUGUGGCUGCAGUAGGGUGGGAUGCACGCUUCCACCGCGGUCCACUAAGUC